AUGAGUAUCAGUUCAAGUAGCGAGUUUAGUGAGGAAGACCCAUAUGUAGAUUCUGGGACUGACUACGUGUUAUCGGAUUCCACCGAUUCUGAUGUUCCGGGUCCUAGUCGACGGCGAUCAAAGCAUUUUGUUAGUGCUAAAAAAGGUACCCAUAAAAGUAAUGAGCAGCAAAAAACGUCUGUGAGUAAUAAUACAGAAAUUCCAAACAUUCAAACCGUUAAGAAAAAAGGCAAGAAACGGGUGAGGAUGGAAAGCAAAUGGAAACGAAACAUUAUGAAGAGUAAGCAGGCUAGAGGGGAAGAAUAUAUUAAUUCGGCAAAUAAACUAAUUCAAAAGAAAACUACUGGACCAAAUUGCCAUUGUAGAAAAAGAUGUUUCACUAAAAUAGACGAUACCCAACGACAGAACAUACUUGAGCAGUUUUAUAGUACGGGAGAUAAAACUAAACAAGACAUUUACCUAGGGGGAUUAAUCAGUGUGUCAAAUGUGAAGAGGAAACGCCCGACUACAGGAGAGGGUAGAGAAAAAAGCAACACCUAUCAGUAUAAGUUACGGGCAGGAAGCCAGGAAACCAUAGUAUGCAAAAAAGCAUUCUGUUCUUUGCAUGGAGUAUCAAAAAAUAGAGUGUCUCAGAUUGCCAAAAAUCUGACGCUGGGUAGUAUUAUGUCACCUUCCGAUAAGCGUGGGAAGCAUUCCAAUAGGCCGAACAAAAUCAGUGAAGAAAUAAUAGCGCAAAUAGAAGAACAUAUUCGGAGUUUUCCCAGAAGAAAAUCUCAUUAUAGUAGGGAGGAUAAUCAGAAAAGGUAUUUUUUAUCUCCUGAGUUGAAUAUUGCAACAAUGCAUCGCCUCUACCUUCAAAAAUAUGAGCCAGAAAAGUAUGCUCUCCUAGACGAUGGGAAAAUUUUGAAGGACAUUAAACCAGUAGUAACAUAUGAUUUUUAUCAUCGGCAAUUUAAUCUCAAUCAUAACCUUAGUUUUGGACAUCCAAGAUCAGAUACCUGCCAGAAAUGUGACCGCCUGCACAACACAAUUUCCGCAGAAGCAAAUGCAGAAAAUAAAACCCGCUUGGAAACUGAAAAGCGUCUACACUUACAGAAGGCCGAAAUAUUUUAUACCAAAUUACGAGAAUAUACAAAUCUUGCUCGCAUCAUUUGUUAUUUUUUCUGUGAUCUCUAUUGUGUUUCUUGUUUUUUUCGAGUUGCUUUGAGCUAA